AUGCAUUCGUCGCAUUCCAUGGUUACGGUAUUAUUAUCUACGGCUUUAAUUGAUUUAUAUUUAGGAAAUAAUAAGAUUUCAUCCGUUCGGUGUAUAGUUGACAGUGGAAGUCAGGCUUCGUUUAUAAGUGAAGCAUGCGUACAGCGUCUUGGUUUGCCGCGCACUAAUGUUCACAUACCAGUAUUAGGUAUAGGAGAUACGGAACCAUUGAUGCCCAGGGGUAUGGUUACGUGCGCGAUUACGCCUAAAAAUAAACAUCAUCCCGUUAUUCCGGUUGACGCAUUAAUCUUGCCUAAGUUAAUGUCAAAAAUGCCUAAUUUGUCUUUGCCUUAUACUAAUUGGCCUCACUUAAAGGGACUUACCUUGGCUGAUCCUCAUUUUCAUACACCCCAACCGGUUGAAAUGUUAUUAGGAGCGGAUAUACUAUCCCACAUUUUAUUAAAUAACACUAUUACGGGUCCACCGGGUACACCUAUCGCAAUGAAUAGUGUGUUCGGUUAUUUACUGUUAGGGAAACUUACUUUCAAUACAAACAUUUCGACUCCACUCCAAGUUUGUUAUAGCUCGUUUGACAACGACAACUUACAAAGAUUUUGGGAGCUGGAGUCAGUACCAGAAAAGCGGAGUUACACUCCCGAUGAGGAAUUAUGCGAAUCCUUUUUUCAAAGAACGCAUAACCGAGACCUCACAGGGCGAUACGUGGUCGCUCUGCCCUUCAAGGUCAACGCCCCGCCCCUCGGCGAAUCUAGACAAAUCGCAGUAGCACGUUUUCAUAAAUUGGAAUAUAGGUUAGAACGUAAUCCCCAGCUGAAGAUUGACUAUCACGCUUGCCUUCAGGAGUACAUUGACCUCAAUCAUAUGGAGCUCGUUGAUGAUAAGCCUUCAGUUGGUGCGAGUUACUAUAUCCCACACCAUUGUGUGAUUAAGCCCUCAAGCCAGACAACACGCACCCGAGUUGUUUUUGAUGCCGGCUGUCGUACGACCAGUGGGUACUCAUUAAAUGAUGUGCUGUUCUCGGGACCUAAACUUCACCUAGAUAUCGUAGACGUUCUUUUAAAAUUUCGUGUUUAUCGCGUUGCUUUCUGUUCAGAUAUAACACAGAUGUUUCGUAAUAUAUUGUUACGUGAAACUGACAGAGAUUUUCAGCGUAUUCUCUGGCGUCGAUCACCAGAGGAACCUUUACGUGACUAUAGACUUCGUACAGUCACCUUCGGCGUCAAUUGUUCUCCCUAUCUCGCGCUUCGUACCAUCCGACAACUAGCUUGCGAUGAAGGCGAGCGUUUCAAAUUAGCUGCAGCUGUUUUAUUAAAUAAUGUCUUCGUUGAUGACGUCAUUACGGGCGCAAACAGCGAAGCCCAGGCUCUUCUACUUCAGCAGGAGCUGAUUGCUAUUUGCGCAACGGCUGGGUUCGAGCUACGCAAAUGGCAUAGCAACUCGCAAGCGGUUCUCGCCGCAGUCCAGCCCUCAGAGUUUCAUGGUGAGCGGUGUGAGAGUGUUCUUUUUUCAGAGAUGGAGGGUGACAAAGGUGUGAAUGUCCUCGGAUUGCAGUGGAACCCCCGAGCAGACUCAUUUAGCUUCAAGGUUCAUGUUACUUCGCGCGAAUACACUAAGCGUGCUAUAUUAUCUGAAAUAGCAAAAAUAUACGACCCUCUCGGGUUAUUGUCGCCGAUAACAUUAUUUGCUAAGCAUUUAAUUCAGUUGAUGUGGUUAGCGAACAUUGGUUGGGACGAGCCCCCGCCUAUUGAUAUAUUAAAUUCAUGGACUUAUUUUACUAGAGAGCUACCGCUUUUAGCAUCGAUUUCUUUUCCCCGUUAUAUUUUUAAUACUGACGACUUAGACUCUAUUCAAAUACAUGGUUUUGCUGACGCGUCUCAAGUCGGUUACGCCGCAUGUGUUUAUAUACGUCAUGUAGGCAAGAGCGGUGAUUGUGAGACACAUUUAAUAAUGGCAAAAACUCGUGUCGCACCGUUGCGUGUAUGUCUUACUAUCCCUCGCCUUGAACUGAUGGCUGCGCUUUUGCUAUCAAAAUUAAUUGAAAAAGUAAACCACGUAUACGGAGACAAGAUCCGUUCCGGCCACAUUGUAGCUUGGUCCGACUCUUCGGUCGUAUUGGCAUGGCUUCGUUCUUCUCCGCAUGAAUGGAAGACUUUUGUUUCUAACCGCGUCAGUGAGAUCUCGACCCGCGUACCCGCCAACUGCUGGCGUCACGUCCCGUCUGCUGACAAUCCCGCAGACGCGGCCUCUCGCGGUCUAUUGCCGGCAGCCUUAGUUAAGAGUGACUUGUGGUACCAUGGUCCCGCAUGGCUCCAACAAAGUUCCGACUCUUGGCCUAUACAAAAAACGAUCGUAAAUACAAGCGAAGAAAAGCGCAACAAUAAAGCACAUCUUGAUAAGUAUUCAUACACAGCUAUGACGUAUACUUUUAGCGAUACGGAUAGUUUUAUUUCACGAUAUUCGUCGUUAAAUAAACUUGUGUGUGUAACUGCUUUCAUAUUUCGUUUUUACAACAAAUGUAAAAAUAAACAUAUUAAACAAUCGCUUCCAAAUUAUAUUACCGUCCCUGAAUAUAACUUUUCACUUAAUCGCCUUAUACUUUUGACUCAGCGGUCUGUUUUUAGUGAGGAUAUAAAAAAUAUUUCUAACAAUAAAUUAGUUUCGAUGAGCUUACGACGUCUUACGCCAUUUCUGGAUAGUGACGGAUAUUUACGCGUGGGAGGACGCAUUGACAAAUCUCUUUUACCAUUUAAUUCUAAGCAUCAAUUGAUUUUACCUAAACGACAUCCCUUAACGGAUCUUAUAAUCGAUGACGCUCACCUGGUCAAUUUACACGCAGGAUCUCAAUUAGUGCGUAACUCACUUUUACAGCGAUAUUGGAUUUUGUCGAGUCGCGAUAUCGUGCGCCAGCGCAUACAUCGCUGCGUGCGGUGCUUCCGUGUGCGCCCCGUGCGUAUGCAACCGCGUAUGGGACAGCUCCCUGAAUCUAGACUACGUCCAACUCGUGCCUUCAGAAGGACGUCUGUAGAUUUUGCGGGUCCUUUUUACGUUCGUGCUAAUAAAGUUAGGAAUGCUAAAGUAAUAAAGUGUUACGUUGCAGUUUUUGUAUGUAUGGCGGUAAAGGCCGUACAUCUUGAGCUCGUAUCCGAGUUGUCUGCAGAAGCCUUUCUGGCCGCCCUACGACGCUUUACGUCUCGGCGUGGCUAUUGUACAGACAUUUAUUCAGAUUGUGGAAGGAAUUUUGUCGGUUGUAAUAAUUAUUUAAAGGAUUUAUACGCGUUUUUACGUAGCGAUCCAGUUCUAAAUGUUUUAAAUAAACAAACUUUGAAGCAGGGCCUUACGUGGCAUUUUCAACCUCCUUACGCUAGUCAUUUCGGCGGCUUGUUUGAAGCCUCCGUAAAGAGCUUUAAACAUCAUCUUUACCGCGUGGUAGGGACACGAAUUCAAACGUACGAUGAGAUGCACACACUAACGUGUCAGAUAGAAGCUAUUUUAAAUUCACGACCUCUUUGCGUAUUGAGCUCGGAUGCUUCGGAUCCUCUCCCAUUGACCCCAGCUCACUUCUUAGUAGGAGAACCCUUGACGGCGGUCCCUGAUGUCUCCUUGAUAGACGAAAAUCCUAAUCACCUAACUCGUUGGCGCUGGAUUCAACAGUCGGUUCAACAUUUUUGGAAACGUUGGAGUAAGGAGUAUCUUCACGAACUCCAACAGACUAAUAAAUGGUUCCAAGACCGCGGCUCCACUCUCCGUGAGGGAACUGUUGUUGUGGUAUGUGACGAGAAUCUUCCACCUCUCCAGUGGAAGCUCGCACGCAUUCACGCGCUUCAUCCCGGCUCUGACCAGGUUGUACGAGUCGUAACACUAAGAAUUGGCAAUACGCUUUUCAAACGUCCUGUUGUCAAGAUUUAUCCUCUACCAUUACAAUAG